AUUGACACCACUGUGCUGAUUAAAAAUUUGACCAUUUACCCCAACUAUACUGAUAGGGCCGGCCACUCAUGCUAAGAAGUGCAUCUCAUUAUAAAGGCAUACAGCAUAAAGAUGGAAAUAGCUCCCCAAAAGUCAAUCAACAAUGAAAGAAGGAAGAAAUGUGAUAAUGUGAUAAAUCAUUGCAUGGUGCUAAUAGAGAGGUUAAGUCAUUUGGAUGGCCAGGGUGUCAGGAAAUGUUAGGUUAGGGCCUGAUGAUGACUACUGACCCCAAAUGAAGAAAUUAACGAGGUAAGUUUGGUGUUAGAUCUCAGAAAACAACUCAAACCACAGGGAGUUUUAAGCUACUUUUUCAGCAGCAAAUUAGGAUUAAAAAGAAGUUCUCCACCCAAUCCCCACAAGCCAGGUGUAUAUGGCUCAAGCUUUUAAUCCUAGCUACUUGGGAGGUACAGAAGUACUCCAGCCUAGGCAAAAGUUCAUGAGAUUUCAUCCCAAAUAAUGGCUGGACUCAGUGGUAUGUGCCUAUCAUCCUAUCCACUCUAGAAAGCACAAAUAGGAGGGUUACAUUCCAGGCUAGUCUGGGCAUAAACCAAGACCCUAUCUCAAAAAACAUUACAAGAGUGGCUCAAGCGGUAGAGGACCUGCUUAGCACGUAGGGUGAUCUAAAGCUUGAACUGCAGAAGUGUCAAAGAAAAAGCACUUAGUACCAUUUAUGGUCAUUUCCAAGUCUCGGCUAGCUAAAAAGUCCAGGCUGAUGAACACACUACACUUGGGCAGUUAAGUGACAGGAACAGACAAGUUGUACUGCACUCUGUCAUCAGACGAGGGACAAACAGGAGAACACCAACGCACAAAGCAGGUGCUGGCACGUUGCAAGCACGGAAAGCUCAGUCUCCGGGAGCUGGCGCUCCUCCCCCUAUCUUUACCCCGCCUCCCCGCCCUCCCGCAAUGAGCGGCCAGGCAGUCUGGACUUGAAAAGGAGACCCCGUGACCGCGGCGUGGCGGGGGCGGAACGCUGGCGUUCGCUCCCUCCGGAGGCAGUUUCCACACGGACCACAGGAGCGCUUCAGACCCGCUGCUGAGCGUCCUCCCUUCGCGCGGCCUGGUGCUGGGAACUGACGGGCCGAGGCCUGCCAUUCUUCUCCAUAGCUUCCCCUCGGCCGCGGCGACCCCACACUGCAGCCGGGCCCCAUUCUAGGAUUGCGCGGCCUCCCCAGGCGCCGCGGCCACCCGGUCCGGCUGCCCCACCACAGCCUCCGGCACGGGAGAGGACCGCCGCCCGCGGUACCGCCUCUUGUUUUUCCGGGCCGGAGGCGGGUCGGACGGUUCUAGUUGAGAUGGGCAGCUCUCAAAAAAGGCACAAACAACUGAAGGAGGGAUACGAUUUCAUAUGUUAAAGACAUGUUGAAAGGAAAAUAAGGAAUCCCAGAGCCUCAGUAUGAAUCAGUCUAGACCUAGAUCUGUUGGUGGUGGCGAAGAAACUUCAUCUCAAGACCAAAAUCAUCGUGAAAAUGAGAGAAGAUGGCAGCAAGAGCGUCUCCACAGAGAAGAAGCAUAUUAUCAGUUUAUUAAUGAACUGAAUGAUGAAGAUUAUCGGCUAAUGAGAGACCAUAAUCUUUUAGGCACCCCAGGAGAAAUAACAUCAGAAGAACUACAACAGCGGCUAGAUACAGUGAAGGAACAAUUAGCAUCUCAGCCUGACUUGAGAAAUGGGACAAAUAAUAGAGAUUCAGAAAUUCUUAGUGAAAGUUCAAAUGAAGAUUCUCUGAUGGAAUGGUUGAACACCUUUCGUCGCACAGGAAAUGCUACACGAAGUGGACAAAAUGGGAACCAAACUUGGAGAGCUGUGAGUCGAGCAAACCCAAAUAGUGGAGAGUUUCGGUUUAGUCUGGAAAUCCACAUAAAUCAUGAGAAUAGAGGAUUUGAAGUUCCUAGAGAAGAUUACAUGGACAUUCCAUUGUCAGAUAUUAGCAGAGAUCAUACUAGAAAUAGGCAACAAAGAUCAACUAGUCCUGUGGCUAGGCGAACAAGAAGCCAAACCUCAAUGAAUUCCAGUGGUAGUCGUCCUAAUCGUCCAAGGACUAGGCUUGGUUCAAGGGGGCAGAAUUUGGUUGAAGGAUCAUCCUCAACACUGGGAAGGUCAAGAAAUGGCAUCGGGGAAGCAGUUAGCAUUCCUAGAACUAGUUCUCCUAGCACUAAUUUUAGUACUCACACAAACCAAUCAGGUAGUGAACUCAGGCAGAGGGAGGGGCAGCGAUUUGGAGCAGCACAUGUUUGGGAAAAUGGGGCUAGAAGUAAUGUUACAGUGAGGAAUACAAACCAAAGAUUAGAGCCAAUAAGAUUACGGUCUACUUUCAGUAGUCGAAGCCGUUCACCAAUUCAUAGGCAGAGUGGCACUGUUUAUUACAAUUCUCAACGGGAAAGCAGACCUUUGCAGCAAACCAUUAGAAGGUCUAUUAGAAGGAGAGGUAUAACUCAGGUUUUUUUAGAACAGGAUAGGGGACGCCGAGAUACUACACAUGCCCCAUUCUCUAAUUCAAGACUUGUGUCAAGAAUAACAGUAGAAGAAGGAGAAGAAUCUAGCAGAUCAUCAACUGCUGUACGACGACAUCCAACAAUCACACUGGACCUUCAAGUGAGAAGGAUUCGUCCUGGAGAAAGUAGAGAUCGGGAUAGUAUUGCAAAUAGAACCCGAUCUAGAGUAGGGCUAGCAGAAAAUACAGUCACUGUUGAGAGCAAUAGUGGGGGUUUUCGCCGAACUAUUUCUCGUUUAGAAAGGUCAGGUAUUCGAACCUAUGUUAGCACUAUAACAGUUCCCCUUCGGAGGGUUUCUGAGAAUGAGCUUGUUGAGCCAUCCUCAGUGGCUCUUCGGUCAAUUUUAAGGCAGAUCAUGACUGGGUUUGGAGAACUAAGUUCUCUAAUGGAGGCUGAGUCUGAGUCAGAGAUUCAGAGAAAUGGUCAGUAUUUGCCAGAGAUGCACUCAGAACUGAGUAACUUAGGUUCAGGUCAUGACAGCAGCCAGCGUAGUGUAGGUUCAUCACGAGAUAGGCGAGGCCAAGGAAGCAGCACUGAAAUGUCAGGUGAAAAUGAGACCACCCAGCCACAGGUUCGAAACAGAGACAACAGAGGUAGCAGGCAAUUGGAAAAUUCAAACAAUUUAGUUGAAACUGGAACCUUACCUAUUCUUCGUCUUGCUCACUUCUUUUUACUAAAUGAGGGUGAUGAUGAACCUAUACGUGGUUUAACCAAAGAGCAGAUUGACAAUCUUUCAACCCGGAACUAUGAGCAUAAUGGUAUUGAUAGUGAAUUAGGUAAGAUCUGUAGUGUUUGUAUUAGUGACUACGUAACUGGAAACAAGCUCAGGCAAUUACCUUGUAUGCAUGAAUUUCACAUCCACUGUAUUGACCGAUGGCUCUCAGAGAAUUGUACUUGUCCAGUCUGUCGGCAGCCUGUUUUAGGAUCCGGGGUAGCGAACAAUGGAUGAAGUGAUGUGAUCUAUUCAAAUACUGUAUUUUAAUACAGCUGAGUAUUCAAACAUUCUUUUGUUGAGUUAUCUGUGAUGAAUUAACCAGGAUGAAAAAAUAACAGAUUAUAGUUUGAACUAUUUUUUGUGUGCUUUUUUAACUUGUUAAAAAGAGGACAUUUAUAUAAAAUUUAAAAUGCAAAUGUUCAAUUAUCCAAAAGUACAGAGUAGUUAAUAUUGCUAGAACCAAAUAACUUUCAAAAUGUUUUUAUUUUGGUAAUUUUGUCAUGCUAAGCACUUUUGUAUCUGCACAAUUCUGUAAGUUCAAAAAUCAGUCUUCUUUUUCUUAAUAUUACCGCAGACUUUACUUGGAUUUUCAAGUUUCAUAAGCUUAGUGGUAUCUAAGUCUGAAAGAAUGUUUGGCUAAAUAUGUUUGCUAAAUAUAUUCAAGUUACUUGAAGUGAUAAUUUAACAUGCAGCAUACUAUAUGUGUAUAUAUAGAUAUAUAAUUUUAAAGUUAAAUAUACAGUCUAGAAAGUACAAGUUUGAUUCUUAUUUAAGCUUUUGGGAAAAUACUGCAUAUGGCACAAUAUUUAAUGUUGACAAGGUCAUUUCUGAGAGAAAGUGGAAUAAGAUAUAUUCUUAAGCUAGAGAUAAUUUACUGAAGCGUCUCUGACAAUCUUGAGUUUUUAGGUAGCAAGCAUACAUAGUACUGAACAAGUAUUUCUUUAUUCAGAAAUGGAACAAGGGAAAUUUAGGACAUAAAGGUUAUGAGUUCAGCCUUUUUGUGACUUUUUGGAAGUGCAAGCAAUUCUUGGGAUUAAGUAAGAUAUACAAUAUGCAUGGUGUCUCAAAAUUAAUUUUUAAACCUAAAAAACAAAGUCUAUAAAGAACCAAAAACAUAGAUAAUGUGUUAAGUUCACUUGGAGGCCAAAAAAGAAAAAAAAGAACUCCAAAGAAAACAAAAGAAAAAGCUUUAAGAGAAUGUAGAAUUUAUAUAAACACAAAGUAUGCAUUAAAGAUCCAUUUCUAACAAUAAAUAUUAAAACA